UGCGGCAGUGCUGUAGAAGAGACAGUGAAAUGAACUGUGAACUUGCAUCGAAAAGAGUCAAACGACAGAAAGUCUACUCUUUGCUACUGGGUUUGCUCCCAUCCUCGGGAGAGAUAGAGAGAUAUGGCAACACCACCAGCAUCGUCAUCAUCAUCAGUGAUUUCUCAUCAUCAAAAUCCUAAGAGUAUUUUUGUGUAUGGAAGUUUGUUAGCUGAUGAAGUUGUGAGAGUUUUACUCAAUCGUGUUCCUCAGAAUUCUCCUGCCAUCCUUGACAAUUUUGAACGGUUUAGCAUUAAAGGGUGUGUUUAUCCUGCAAUUCUGCCAGUAGAGAACACAAAAGUCACUGGGAGGGUACUCUUAGAUCUCACAGAUUCUGAGUUAGAUAUUUUGGAUACAUUUGAGGAUUAUGAAUAUGAGAGGAGCAUUGUUGAUGUUUCUCUAAUGGAUACUUUAAAGAUAAUGCAGACCUACACUUAUGUUUGGGUUAACAAAUAUGAUCCAAACUUGUACGGGGAAUGGAAUUUUGAGGAAUGGCAGCAAUUACACAAGAGUGAUUUUCUUAAGAUGACAUGUGGUUUCAUGGAGGAGUUAGAAGGCCCUGAAUCAAAGCAAGAUCUAGUGCCACCACUGCUGCACUUUACUCCCAUCUUCAAGGAGAGAUACGGAGAGAUGGCAACAUCGGCAUCAUCACCAUCUGUGAUUUCUUCUAACCAUCGUCAAAAUCUUCAUAAUGUAUUCGUAUAUGGAAGUUUGUUGGCUGAUGAUGUUGUGAGAGCGUUAUUGAAUCGCGUCCCUCAGAAUUCUCCUGCUAUCCUUGACAACUUUAAAAGGUUCAGCAUAAAAGGGCGUGUUUAUCCUGCAAUUCUGCCAGUAGAGAACACAAAAGUCACUGGGAGGGUUCUCUUGGAUAUAACAGAUUCUGAGAUAGAGAUUUUAGAUAUAUUUGAGGAUGAAGAAUAUGAGAGAAGCAGUGUUGAUGUUUCUUUGAUAGAUACUUCAAACAAGGUGCGAUCCUACACUUACGUGUGGGUUUACAAAAACGACCCAAACUUGUAUGGAGAAUGGAAUUUUGAGGAAUGGGAGCAAUUACACAAGAAUGAUUUUCUUAAGAUGACAUCUGGUUUCGUGGAGGAGUUAGGAGGUCCGGGAUCAAAGCCAAGAGUCGCUACUUACGAAUCUUUCUAUCAGAAUGCCAAGGACUAGAAACUUCAUUUGUUGCCCUGAUGUCAUUGAUGUACUCCUUUUAUCUAAUCCAACUUUCAAAACAUUACUUUCAAGUUUUGUCUUUGGAUUUUUUUCUUGUGUAUUCAUUUGUUGCUCUUAGAGCAAGUACUGUGAUGGGGAGGGAUUCCACACUUAAAAGACAAAAAAAUGGUGAGUCAGACAUUAAAUACAAUAGCAUAUGGUGAGUCAGACAUUAAAUACAAUAGCAUGUUAAAGACUAAA